GAUGGCAGCUGAUUUUAUUCAGGAUUGUAUUUAUAUCUAAUUUUUUGUUUUAUUUUGAAUUCUAAUAGAAUAUUUCAAUGGUCAUAAUGAUGAAAAUUCAAAAAAUUAUCAAACUGGUUUAAAUUCUUUGUCUAAUUUAACUGAAAAAUUAGCUGAACAAAAUGAUAUUGAUUUAACACAAUCAUCAACUGAUUCAUCAAAUAAUGAACAAACAUUAUUAACAUCACCAAUAACAAAUAAUGAACGUAAACGUUCAUUAUUUAAUGGUGGUAGUACACAUAGUAUACGUGCAUCAACAUCAUCAUUACAAAAAGCACCUGUUUAUGCUAAAAUUAUUAAAGCAUCAUCAAAACCAACAAAUAGUAGUGGUAUGAGUACAAUUGAACGUCUUCGUUUAAGUGGUUCACCACUUCGUCUUCUUUCAUCAUCACCAACAUAUACACGUACAACAUCAUUUUUAAAAUCCAAUCCAAAUCAUGAAAAUAAUAGUUUUCAAUCAUCAUCAUCAUCAUCAAUAAAACAUAAUAAAAUGAAUCCAAUAACAUGGAAAUUAAAUCCAAGAAAAUUAGAUAGUUUAAAAGCAAGACGUAAUAGUCGACAUACAGAUGAUGAUGAUGAUAAUAAUAAUAAUAAUACAAAUAAUAAUGAAACAAGUCAAUUAACAAUGACAACAACAAUAAAUCGUUCUAGACAUGCAAGUGAUUCUGAUUUAACUAAAGAACAUAUGAAGAGAAAAAAAUCAACUAAAUUAUCAUCAUUUUUUCAAACUGAAGUAUAG